UCAUUCUUAAAAUCUUCACUCAAAAUAAGGAUUCAAAGGGAGAAGAAAGAAAUGUCCACCUUCUCCUAUGUACCAAGUUUCACCAUAAAAUGUUCAAUCUCACCAAAAGAAGAGCCUAAACACCAUAAUGUGAUUGGGGUGAAGAAGAUAAAUGGCCAUUCUUCUGCUGCAUUUCCGGGCUCGAAAAAGGUUGAGGUUCUGAGCCAAAACAACGCGGUGGCAGCUGCCACCACGACAACUACGCCUCUCCACCCCGGGGAGAUUCGACAGAAUAUACCCACGAAGAAGCAGCUCGUUGAUCCCUUUCGCCAAGGGCUUAUCGUCGAGGGAGGCGUUGGGUACAGGCAGACAGUUGUGAUCAGGUCAUAUGAAGUUGGUCCUGAUAAAACUGCAACCAUUGAAACCAUCCUUAACUUACUUCAGGAAACAGCAUUGAAUCAUGUGUGGAUGUCUGGGCUACUAAGUGAUGGAUUUGGAGCCACACAUGGCAUGAUGAAGAACAAUCUCAUCUGGGUUGUUUCAAGAAUGCAAGUUCAAGUCGAUAAUUAUCCAAUCUGGGGUGAAGUGAUGGAGAUAAACACAUGGGUUGGAGCAUCAGGGAAAAACGGGAUGAGGAGAGACUGGCUGCUAACAAGCAAAGCCACAGGGCUCGUAUUUGCCCGGGCCACCAGUACAUGGGUGAUGAUGAACCAACAAACGAGGCGGCUCUCGAAAAUGCCAGACGAGGUGAGGGCCGAGAUCUCACCAUGGUUCAUCGAGAAACAGGCAAUACCAGAAGAGAAUCCCGUCAAGAUAGACAAGUUGGAUAACAACGCGACGUUUGUUAUCUCUGACCUUAAGCCAAAAAGAAGUGAUCUGGACAUGAACCACCACGUAAACAACGUAAAAUAUGUUCGAUGGAUGCUCGAGACAAUCCCUGACCAAAACUUGGAGGCUCAUCAGCUAUCGAACAUCAUACUCGAAUACAGGCGAGAAUGUGGAAGCUCAGACGUCGUUCAAUCCCUAUGCGAGCCAAACGAGAAUGCACUUUCCAACAACAACAACAUAAGCCUGCUAAACGGAUUCUCAUUGGCAUCGGGGAUUCUUCAGGGCAAUGGACUGCUCGAGUCCUUAACCCGAGGGGCGUUUAGCUACACGCAUCUGCUGCAAACAGAAGGCGAGGAGGGGAAGAGCAAAGAGAUCGUUCGAGGAAGGACUAGUUGGAAGAGAAAGCUGCCAUUUCCACCCUGACAGAAACAUGAUCUAAAUGGACUUAUUUGCAUAUUCCAGUUGCCAUUCUGAUUCAUUUUGGGGCUGAAAUUUAACCUCAAAAUGCAUGAAAUGGCAGCAGCAGCAAAGAACAGAAUCAGUAAAUAAGAGAUGUAAUCUGUGUGGAAGUAGAAGAACUAAAAAAGAAAAAGAAAAAGUAUGCAGUUAGUACAUAAAGGUAUUGGUACAUAUACAUUGUUGUAUGUAUAAGAGGAAAAUUUGGGUGAAAUUAUGUAUUUAUUAGAAUAUUAUUGAUGAUAAUAAAAUAAUAAAA